AUGGAUACGUCUCGUCGUGGAUUGCCCUGUUGGGCGAUUGCCGUGCUGGUCGCGGUAGGGGGAGCUGUCCAAAGCGAGGGAGUGACAUGGCGGAGGAGCUGCGGAGAGACGAGGGAGGAACUGCGUCCGCAGGAGCGGGAGGAACUGCGUCCGCAGGUAUCCUGUGCAAAAGUACUAUCCGAUACUCGUAGAAAUGCAUUACAAAUUUCCUCAGCGUGAGAAAUGAAAUUUGUAAUGCCGAUUCACCUUAAGGAAAAGCAAAAGAUGUGCAAUGCAUGAUUACAAUACGAGUACGAUGCUUUUGCAUUGCAUAGCAGGGGGGAUGGACCGAUGUCGACGACGUCUUCCGCUGCAGUGCGGAGUAUGAAAUGCAGAAAUGUCUCCGUCUGGAAGAUUGCUAGGCUUGUGAUGCACGUUCUGCAUGAGCCAUGAUCGAUCUGUGAUGCAUGCCCUAGCAUCACAGAUUAGAUUUUUUGAGAGCAUCUUGAUGCGCCAGCCUAUUCCGCAUGACACAUGCACUCUCCGCGUAGCAAAAUUCACACUCCCUUUGCUGCCCAUGCAGUACUACAGAUUUCGUUGGAAAAAUCCAAAUGCAGCGUCACAAGUUGCAUUCCCAUUCUCCCAGACCCAGAUAUAUUUGCAGUCGAUACGCAGGACUACGAAGCGAUGGCGCAAACCUGGGUUCCAGGCCUCCAGGCAGAACCUGCUGCUGGCUCAAGAACAGUUGGAGGCCUGUUGUCUACUUCCGCGAAUUAUAUUGAUAGAGCGGUGCGUCCGGUGCACAUUUUCUUCGAAACGUUUGGAAAAACCACCCUGACAGGCGCAUAUAACUUGAUGAAGCAGCUGGCAAAAACGCCGCACGUUAAAGUCACCUUUGUUGGCCCGGUGGGAAAGUUGAUACAGAAAAAGGAUCCGGCGACCGGCGAGCGGGUGAUUGUGUAUGCGGAUCAGCUGCUACCUGUAUUAAAUGUAAAUAUCGAUCUGGGUCUAGAAGAAUGCCAGGUUUGUCAUGCAUAUUUUGCAUAUACCCGUGAUGCCUGCAAUGCAGGACCUAGCAUCACAGAUUCUUAAAGGGCCUUCUUAUGCGUGGUCCGCAUGAGAAAUGCCCACUCCGCGUAGCACAAACUGAACUACUCUUGCUGGUCAUGCAAUACAGAUGUUUUUCGCUUCCGAAGACAGCAUCACAAGCUGCAACCUUCCAGACAUCCAGGGAUUUUUGCAUUUGAUAACCCGCGGCGAGCAACGACGUGAAAGGAGAUCUAUCCUGAGUAAAAACGUACCCGCACCAGAGUUGUAAGGCAGAUUUGCAAAGACAGGAAGUCUUGUAAUGCGCAUCCCCAUGAGAGCCAUUUCCAAUCGUGUCUUGGAAUUUGUGAUGCUGUGAACAGGAUGAGCAGAUGAAUCUGUGAUGCGGCUGCACUUGCUAACCUGCACUACACUGCAUAGUGCAACUUGUCACGCGUGACUCACAAAACUCCUAGGCUUGUGUUGCAAAAUCCUCAUCCUGACUCUGGUGUGGGUACGCUUUUACUCAGGAUAAGAUCUUCCAGAUCCCGCCCUUGAGGGAGACAAGACCUAUAUGAAUUGUGAAAGUGUCUGGGUCUGCAAACUUGUGAAUGUGAUGCUAAAAUGUGCAACCAAGAUGAAAACAGUUCCGAAUGGAAUGUAGCAUGACAACUUUCCAGCACGCUUUCUCAUAGGCAAUCCGCAUGAGAGACUCACUGCGUGUUUGCAGGUACAAAAGAGGCUGCGCCUCUUGGUGGUUGUGCAAUACAGAUUUCCUAGGUAUAAUGAAAAGCUAGCACUACAAGUUCCAACCUUUCAGACCCAGACAUAUUUUUUGCAAUCGAUAACCUAUCUUGCGAAACAACUGAGAAAGUACGAUCGGCUGCAGCACAACGGGACGGUCUGGACGGAGAGGAAGUCGGAGAAUGUUACUGUUCUUUGGGACUUUGCUGUCUCCGAAAGCGAGAUGAAGAGCCUCGGCGCGGCCGGAGUGGAGUUCGUGCCCUGCCGCCCCCGAAGAUACUUUUGGAGUGUGAAAAGCAACACCGCGGUGCGACAGAUGUUGCCGCGUUUGUUUUUGACGGACGGGGGGGAAAAUCCGGAGGGCUCUACUUGGGUUAUCAAAUGCAAAUAUGUCUGGGUCUGGAAGAUUGCCAGGUUUGUCAUGCAUAUGUUACAUGACCCAUGACGAUGAAGAUGAUGCUUCUAAUGCAUGACCUAGCAUCGCAGAUUUUCAUUUUUAGAGGGCUUCCUGAUGCUUAUUCCGCGCAAACUGGACCCCUCUUGUUGGUCAUGUAAUGCAGAUUUUUUUAGAAUGCAGCAACAGCAUCACAAGUUCCAACCGGCCUCCAGACCCAGACACUUUUGCAUUUGAUAUCAGUUUUCCGCGAACAAGACAACCGAGACUGGCCGCGCCAGUUUUAUGCAUUGCAAACAUGUCUGGGUCUGGAAGAUGUCAUGCUGCUUCUGCAUGACACAGAAGGUCUGGCAUGGAAGCCCUAG